AAUAGAUAAUUUUAGUCUAUGGCAUUCUGAAUCAAUGUUAUUAAUGUACUCCACAAUCGGUGGCUCCAUCUGUCGGAAGCUUUUGACAACAAUUAGUUCAAUAACUUGGAUUUUAGAACUCAGAGAUGGAGCUGCUUUUAUAGACAGAAACAAACAGUGAUAGAGAAGAUCAACAUAGGAAAUGGCCAAAUACUAAAGCUGUUUGUGCGGUAAAGACUGUAAAUUUUUCCUUUAGUUGAAUGGCAUCUCAACAGUUCAUCUGAAUUUCCAAUUUAGGCUGUUAACCUCAUUUGAUACAAGAAGAGACAUGGCCUCAGAGGCAAAAACAGCCGGCAUGAAGCAGUUAAAGGUGGAUAAUUGGGGCACUUUUUUCAUGCAAAGAUUGCAGCUGUUAUUUGCCAAAGGGGAUUCGUGUGACCUGACUCUUAAGUUUGUUACAGGUCAGGAACUGAAGGUUCAUAGCCUUGUAUUGCGUACAUGUACCUCGCAUUUUGACUCGUUACCAAAAGUGGAUAAUAAAAUCAGUCUUCCAGAAACACUGUCAUACAACGCAGUUUUUCCUAUUAUUAAUUUUAUGUACUCUGGGAAGUUGGAAUUUAAACUAGAGUUACAUGCCCAACUUCUGGCCGUAGUGAAAAUACUUAACAUUACCAUUCUGUCCAAACUUUUAACUACAGCACAGAAAACAGAUGUUCCUGUACCCCUUACUGUAAAAGCUAAACCAAUUAAUUCUACCCCAGAAGCAAAUAAUAAGACACCGUCACAACUAGUCUUGCAGCAGAAUACCCCAUCAACUUCGUAUAAUCUUUUUUCUUCUAAAAAAUUACCUUUUUGGAGGAAAAGAACAUUGCCAUUUAUCACCAGGUUCCGUAAACCGAUUGAAGAAGAGCCAGGACCUACAAGAUAUGCUUGGCCUGAAAAUGAACCCAUGGAUUUAUUGCAAAUAUCUUCUCCUUCAUUUAACCCCCUUUCUUAUGAAUCAGAUCAAAUUAUUAUGAGGUCAACUAAAGAUGAAGAGAAAGAUGUAGAAAGAAUAAAACCACCUCAGAGACGUGUUAUUGAAAGCCGUCUUCUUACAACGCACGACAGUGAUGAUGAUGACGAUGACCGUUUUGAAGCUCCAUACAGUAGUGACGAGGAGCCUGUUCCUACUCCUCCUCCACCCACACCACCUCCACCUCCCCCUGCUCCUGCUCUUAAACCAUGCCUGAAAUCUUCACCUCCAGCCUCAGAAACAGCAAUUACACCUCCUGCUUCUAAAAAAGUGCGGUUUUCUCUUGGACCAGAAGGGAAAGAAAACACUGUCCAAUCAACUUCAAACCAUGCUAGGAUUAUUGCAGAGGUUCUAAAAAAAUACCCCGAUCUUGUAAAAAACAAAAAUAUAAAACUUAAAAUAAGUUCUCCCAGACCCAAGAUUGAAAAUGGUACAGUUGGUGUGGAAGAAAAGGCAUCAUAUGUUGUAGUACGACCAACUUUAAAGUCAACUCCAAAUACAUCAGGAAAACAAAAUGACUUGGUCGGUCCUUGGUCUUGUGAACAUUGUUCUGAAUUGAAAUUUAAUGACUAUCUCAGCUUUCGAAGACACCUACAAGAAACCCACAAUGAACGGCUUGAUUCAAGAGUGUGUGAAUACUGUGGCUACAAAUCAUCUAAAAGAAAUUUGCACUUGUAUCAUUUAUUAACCAAACAUAAUGUUCCUCCACCAAAAAACAUAAAUUUCCCGAAAUGUUCAGAAUGUGAUUAUAUAGCUCUUAGUGAAACUUUGCUUUUGAAGCAUGCCAAUUCUCAUCAGAUCCGAUGUGAUAUUUGUAAAGUCUCCAUGAAAACAGUUGCAGCAUUACAAGCUCACAAAGUCACUUGUAAACCAGGAAAUGAACCACGCAAUAUAAUUUGUGAUUUAUGUAAAAAGGCAUUUAGAACAAAUGUAAGCCUGAAUGCUCACUUGAAAGAAUGCCAAGGGAAGCCAGCAAGUGAUGGGAAUAUUUAUAGCGAAGAGGGAGACUCGCAGCCAGUAGAGAUGAUCGAAGUGCCUAUCAUAGGGGCUGUAGAUGUUGCAAAAAAUGACCAUACUCUAGUACAAAUACCAUCGAGUAUCAUACUGACUGAAAACCAAAAUGUGGCUCUUCUACCAUCAUCAGAGUCUGAAGGUUUAAAUAAUGUGGCUACAGGUAUUGCUAUAAUUCUUGAAGGAAACUCAGAUUUUUUCAAUUCAAACCAAGAAUAUAUUGUUCCAGAGCUUUUGGAAGGCAGCUUUGCAUCAACAGCUAACAUAUCUUAUGGUAGUACAGAUCAAGUUAUUUAUUUAGGUAGUAGUACUAGCAAUGCCCACCGAGGGGAAGUGAUUCACUUAGAAGAAAUAAAAUUAAACCAACCCCAACCUGGAACUUCAUCAGCUGGAGACAAGGUGAUCACUGAACAUAAAAUACCUGAUCCUAAUAAUUCCAUAAACAGUACAGUUUUAGUCAGUGAAAACAUAUCAGUAAUUAGCAAUGAUGCAAUCAAUCAGAAUGAACCAAUAGUAAUAGAAGACGGCAGUAAAUCAGAAAUAAUGAACAGCGUGGAAUAUAUUUCAGAAACUCACAGUGUACAGACAGUUGUUGAAGAAAAAAUAAAUGAUUCCCAACAAUGUGAAAUUGAAGAAAAUAAUAAUGGUUCACAAAAUUUAACUUCAGAUAUUAACAUUGAAAAAAGUAAUAGCAUACCAUUUGAAAAAAGUGAUUGUACACCAUCGAAUGUGAUAGAGCAGACAAGUGCUGAGAUUCUACAUGUUCAAAAUUCAGAACUUAAUCUGAACGUCAACUCUAAACAAGUAGAAGAAUCGAGAAUAGUUUGUGAAGAGCAACCUCAACGAGCAGAGGAAAAUGUAGUGGAAGCAAUUAGUUUAAUAGAAGAAUCAAACGAUGAAGGCAGAAGGGAAGAACAAGUUUGUUUAACUUCAGAAAAUAUGCAAGUAGAUGAAGCUAGAGAAGAAAUGAUUGUUGAUGAAAAUAAAGAUGAAGACAUGGAUGUUGAAGAAAAUUUAGAUUUACGAGGUACCAAAGAUGCAAUGGAUGUGGAAGAAGCUGAAAAGACUGGAAAUGAAAAAGUUGAUAGUUUAGUUAAAGAUUGGGGUUUUGAUGAUGAAGAUAAUGAGGAAGUCAUAGACGAUCCAGAAUGUAAACCCCUUCGACCUGAAAUCGAUAUACCAUUGUAAAAUUAAUUUAUAUUUUAAUUUAUGAUUUUAUUUUAUAUAAAGUUGUAUUAUUUUUUAAAGUUAAGUUUUAAUGUACAUAUGCGAAUGUAUAAACAUUAUUUUAGAGUAUAAUUGCUAGUUAAAUGUGGAUUAUAUUUCGUAACACCACAUUUUGUAAACUUUAAAGUAAGGGAUUUCUCCUUAAACAAAUUAUGGAAAAUAAAUAUAUUUCUAAUUAAAUAAUUGUAUAGCAAAACACAGUGAAUAAACUGAAUUAUGUAAAGUAA